GCACCGGCUCCCUGUUUGUAUUUCCUAUUGCGGUUUGUAUUUCAACGCCGGGUAGUUUGCCGAUUUUAGUCAUCUGUAGCUCUGGGACGCCGAUUAUAUUUUCAAGAAUAGACAGACAGAUCAAACAGCUGUGAAGAAGUGUGUGUUAGAAAGAGAGAGUGAGUCUGCAACAACUUUUGUCCUUUACUGACUCAGAACGGCUAGCUUAGUAUAGCCAGCACUUUCAGGGGCACUGCGACAACUUCGCUUUAGGAGUUGCGCAUUCCGGUGGUUUAACACCCAAGCCCACAAAAUAAAACUUCUUGCUCCGAAUUUGGCAACAAUUAGUUUACACUUUUUUUUGUUAUUUUGUAGAACGGGAUAACGAUAAGCUAAAGCGAGCUAGCCAUUCUUGACAGGCGUUCUCCUUUACCGGCGACUUUAGUGUUUAGAGACGUCGGUCUCCAAGGGAACAGCUGGUCACAGUAGAUAUCAAACAUGGCGGCUCAGAAGGCAACGAGGGUGACGAUCAUCUCCCUGGAUCCCUAACACGUCUGAUACAAGUGACAUUGGCUGACGCCGACCAGCGAGAACCCGACAGGGAGAGACUGGACUCGUCCAGAUCGACAUCCAGUUCAAGGAUGGAGUUGGCAGCGGCUCACCCGGCUCUCAAAGCGUUCAUGUGCGGCUCCCUCAGCGGCACCUGCUCGACGCUGCUCUUCCAGCCCUUGGAUCUGGUCAAGACCCGGCUGCAGACGCUGCAGAACAAUGCCAAGCCGGGGGCACCCAAGGUGGGAAUGUUUCGGGUUUUCAUUCAUGUCAUCAGGACAGAGAAUUUCUUCAGUCUGUGGAAAGGAGUUUCGCCAUCAUUUGUUCGCUGUAUUCCUGGUGUGGGCAUCUACUUCAGCACCUUCUACUCCCUGAAGCAGCACUUCUUCCUGGACCGGGCCCCGAACGCUGGCGAGGCGGUUCUGCUCGGAGCGGGCGCCAGAACGGUGGCGGGGGUCUGCAUGCUGCCAUUCACUGUCAUCAAGACCCGGUUUGAGAGUGGCUUUUACAACUAUGCGAGUGUGCCUGGGGCCCUGAGGAGUAUGUACGAGACGGAGGGAGUGCGAGCUCUGUUCUCAGGGCUGACUGCUACGCUGCUCAGAGACGCUCCUUUCUCUGGCAUCUAUGUCAUGUUCUACAGCCAGGCCAAGAGAGCGUUGCCUCAAGAAGUGACAUCAGCGCCGUACGCCCCACUGGUGAACUUCAGCUGUGGAGUGGUAGCAGGCGUCAUGGCUUCUCUGGUCACGCAGCCUGCAGAUGUGGUGAAGACUCACAUUCAAGUCAGCCCGUCCCGCUGGAGCACGGCCGACGCCGUUCACUACAUCUAUAAGGAGAAGGGCAUGUCGGGCUUCUUCCGUGGGGCGGUGCCGAGGUCUCUCCGACGCACUCUGAUGGCCGCUAUGGCGUGGACUGUCUACGAACAGCUCAUGGCUCGAAUGGGCCUCAAGUCCUGAAAAGCACCUGAGCCAAGCCACAAAAAACGCACAACAGGUGAAACGUGAGGGGUUAACGACAUUUGCACCGAAAGCACGAAGGAAAGGGAGCUGAUGUCGUCGAAGACGCCAUGAAGCAGCCAGCAGUGCCAAGACAUUGAGCUGAGGAAACGGGUGGAUAAACGUUUUAAGAGAGAGGUUGUAUGUGUUUUAAAUGUUGUUUAAAUGUUAGAAAUGUUUGCGUGUGAUGAUGCACCUGACCUACCUUAAUGCCCGUCUUGGAGUGCUGUGCCUCUCCCACUGCUGUGAAGUGACUUUGUCCCUCUUCAUGUUUCUGACGUACCAGUGGACGAAUACCACACAAAAAAAAAAGAUACCUGGUUCAUGUGGUUGGUGCUUAGCAAGCUGAUAUGUGCUAUUACUACUAAACAGAGCCCGGAGAGAUGCACUCUGGGUGAUGAGAUAUUCAGAAAACCUGCAUAGGACUGAGCAAUGUUUCUUUCUUGCACUCUGCAGUUAUUUGACUUGUUUUGGACAAUCACACGCACACAGCUGCAUUAAAGGAUGGAAAUGUAAGCCAACUCAGCUACCACAUUAAAGCCUUUCUCAAUAUGCUUUAUGCAAUUAUGGUGCAUUUUAGACAAGAAAAUUGCAUCAGUACCUAAAACAAAAAAAAAUGCAAGAUGUCUUGUUUUGUUCUCGUAAAACAAGAUUUUGGGGCACCAGAUGAGUUGACACUUAUUUGCUUGUGUCUGGUUCAUGGUUAAUUGAGCUGUAGGUUUUGGGUUUUUGACCCUCAUUCCAGUCACAUCCCUCACAAUUAUGAGGCAGUUCGAGGUAAUUGUCCAAAGAAUGAUACACGUUAAAUUAUAUUUACAAUAUUUCAUUUAAUUUACCUGUUAAACCUUUGAAGUUUGCAUGCUGUUCAUUGGAAAUUAAGAAAUCAAAGUUAUCAAGAGUGGAAUGCUCCAAUAGAUGCUCAUCCCUAUUACUGCACAGUGAUGUAGGAAAAAACCUUGUAACAUUCUGUUUUUAUUGAGCAACAUUAACAUUGCUGUGCAGGUAUAAAACGAUAUCUUCAAGUGAACCCUGUGUUUUUGUUUUGCUUUGCAUCAAGAUUUUCACUUCUCUACUGACCAGCAGGUGGCAGCAGUAAAAGAAGGAAUCUAAAGUAAAAUGGCACCAGUGCAUUUUCUGUUUUGACGCUAGCACCAUUUGUAAACGUGUGUUUAAAGGGCACCAUAAAAAUAUUAUUUAAUUAAGAGUGUAUUUUUUUAAAAGUCAAGCUUCGAAGUGAAACAUUGCUUAAUCAUUAUGCAGACGUCUUUCAGUUUGCACAGAGUCCCUAUCGGUGUUGGAGCUGUGGAUCUUAUUUCUUUUCACAUUGAUUAUAGCUUGGUAAACAAAAGCUCAGAAAUAUCUCACAGAAGGACAAAUGAUGAAAUUUCUGGAGUGGAUUUAUUUCCAUGUUUUUGUUAUUUAUUGUUGUGUAUAUAUAAGAAUAUUUUAAAAAGAAAAGAUAUAUGAAUAGUUCCUGCUUUGGAAAUUGUAAAGAAAAUCUAACUGACCUCUGAAGAGCCCAGGUGAAUCUGUUUGUUUUGUAGUGACGUAUGACAGCCUCAGUGUUUGCUUUGUUAACGUGUGAGUAACUCACUGUGCCAAGUUUAGGUUGGAUCCGUUUGCUCCAUUCUGAUUGUUUUCACCGUCCAUGCCCAUGCUCCAUGUAGUGCCUCACUUUUUCUUUUUCUUUUAGGUCAAUAAACACUUAACUCUUCCUAAAGUUAUUUUAAAUUACUGUCAAUAAAAAUCAUAAGAACCUUGA